UUUGCGGCAGAAAUUGCGAGCUGUGAAUUAAAUUUUUUUUUUUUCUAUUUUUCAGAAAUUUAUCAAUCGUUUUUCAAACUUUCGAUGAUGGGUUUAGUAACCCGGAUUCGAUCAUCAAAAAAAUCGACGAUACCACCAUUAAACGGGGUGAGAUGUGUCUCACCGUUACAAAAAUUUCGACGUCUCCCAAAGAGACGUUCGAAUUUUUGAAAGCAGAGGUAAAGGAUGAGCCAAGCGAGGAGUCGGCUCCAUUCAUUCUCUUAUUCGGGCGCAGUGGGUCGGGGAAGUCUUCCACCGUUUUUGGAAGAAGUGGAUCCAAUUUUCCUGGACUUGCGCGAUCAUGGUUCUCUACUGGCACUAAUAUUGAAAUAAGAAUGAUGGAGUUCAGAGACGGCUGUUUUUCCGACCUAGUCCAGGCAUGGAAAGAUUCUAAGCGAGUUUGGGUCAAAGAACGAAUUAUCGACCUCACCAGUACCAGCCUGAACAAUAUCAAGGAUUUAUCAAAGUUUCAAACCCGGGCAGCAACAGCUAAUAACACCGAAUCGUCACGCGGAUUUAUUUGGUUGGAGUUGGUAAGUCUUUACUUCUUGUAA